GGGAGGGGGGAGCCGCUGGGCCCACUGCAAAACCUAGGGCUCCGAACAGCGCCAAAGGCGUAAGGAAAGGCGGGGAUCAAGAGGCUGGCCCGCUGUCCCCCACCCAGUCCAGCACCCCCAACCCGAAGACUCGACUCUCAGACCACCCAGGGUCCAAGGAGCACAGUAAGGCGCGGCUGCCAAGCCUUCAGACCCCGUCGCAAGAGACUCCAGGGAGCAGGUCUUUCCGGAUGAGUCACUACAGAGCACCCCCCAAAUCCUCCGGUGCCUCUGUGCAAAUCCUCCGGUGCCUCUGCACAGCCCGUGGCUCUAGCCCAACUCCGCGCACCCCUUCCGAUUCCCGGGGGAGAAAAAGAGAAGGGGGGCGAUCGCUCUCUCACUGGGCGCUUCACCUCUACUGACAGAUGCUGGACUGGACCCUCAUUUAAAAACAGGGGUCACUCACUUUCGGUCGAUACUACAAAUAAACAAAGCCAGGCGCACCCCGCGCGCCCCGCCGGAAAGCAGCCCAUUCUGGGCUAGGACAACUUCCCCCAGUCAGAAAAUUAACACAUUCCUCUCGCGGCGGCUCAGCCCCUCGCCCCAGGGAAGCGAAGGGGAGGAGGCCAGGGGCUGAACUUCAGGGGUAAAUUCGGGGCCCGAGCUACAAAGCAGGAACCUGGGACACCCGCCCCCACCCCAGAGAACAUCCCCAUUCUCCCUCCCUGGCUUUGCAUGCCGUUGGCCCACGCGGGAUUCCGGAGGCACCCCGACUCUUGGAGGCUGGGGAGGGAGUUAGAGGCCGCGGGGCGCGGUGAAGGUGGGGGAAGAUACUUGGACGGAAAAAAAAAGGUCAAACUAGAUCAGCCCGCUAGGCACCCCGCGGGUAGCGGGGGCGAGAAGCCGGAGGGGAAAUGCAGAAGUGGCCGCCUCCUCCAGCAAGUGGAGGAGGUUCGGCCACGCGCGGUCGAGGGCACUCGGAGCAGCUGUUGUCGCCCCAAAUACAAGGAAAUGAGUGGGGUCUGGUGCGGGGAGCGCGCACCAGCGAUCUCCAAGCAGCCGCCCCUGCAGGCAGACGCCCGCCGACACCGAGAGGGCAAGAAGUUGCAAGGACCUCGAAGGAGGGUUUGCCCGCAACGCCCGACCCCAGCUCAGGUGAGGAGACCGACUGGGAAAAUUCCAGCCCAAUCCCUGGGUCUACUACAUUGUGGAGCCCUAGGACCAUGGCCUGCAAACCUGAAGCCUAAAAACUGCCUGAAACGCAGCAGCUCUGAAAAGAUGAGGUUUAAAGAGACGAAAGGGACUGCGGACCUAGCUCAGUGUUCUGCCGCCUGCCUUUCAAGCACAGGAUCUGAGUUUGAUCCCUGGUACCAAAACAAAGACCGAAAGCUCAUCCAUGCCACAGGAUGUUUCUGCCCCUUGCCUAGACCUUUUGGGAUAAAGCUGGGGCAGGGAAGAAACAGAUCACUGGCACGAUCACGCCUGCCCACUGAUCCCUGUCCCUCCUGCACACGCUUGGGCUAUGACAGGGAUGCGGCCUCACUCAUCUCCACGCUCUGCUCAGUGCCUGUCUUCCACUUGGUGCUAAAUAAAUGUUUACUGAAGAGGAGGGAAGAUAUCAGGGCCUGACUGGAGCAAGUCAGUGUCAUGGGGGGGGCACGGGGAGGAGACCAAAGGUGGUUCCUGGUAGGGGACUGCAGUGACGGGAUGCCUGGACCCCUUUGCUGAGGUCCAUCUGUCUCAGGAGCCCCCUCUCCACGGCCAAAUCAUCAAGGAAGGCAAGAAAUCUGAGCUGGAUGGUUCUGGCCACACCUUGUGGGUGACCUGAACCUGAUCAGGCACUAUUUUAAACUCUAGUCCUAAGCUGCAGUUUUAGCCAGCCAGGCCCAUCUCUGAUUACAAAGCUGCUGCCCACCUCCCCAGCCACUCCUUCCUCCCCACCCUGGGGCCCCCUAGGCUGGUGCCAGGGAGUUCAGUGGGUCUUGGGCAGUCUGUUGUCUGGCACCAAUGCCCCUUUCCAUCCCCCCGGCCCUGUCCACAUAGGCACCUCAGCCUCCUUCACACAGGCAUGCGUCCACCUGCAUAGCAGCUGAGAUUUCCCCACUGAUGAGAGCUCUCAUCCCUAGGAGUGAAGUACAGCCCAGCCCCUGGACCAGCAGUGUGGGGCACGGUUUCUGUAGGGCAAGAGAAUGGAGGCCAGUGUCAGGCUGAUGUUUUAGGAAGAAAGGAUGUAGGUUAGACAGAAGUAGGGACUUAGCAGCAGUGAGACUGUGUACCAGGGAGCUGUCCUUCCUCUGCCGGCCUAAAGCCUGGGCAGAAAGAAAAGCGCUCCAGAGGAAGUGCCCUCCCAGUCCUGUUUCAAGGGCUGUGCACUGGGAUGGAUACUUCGCACCGUUGAGCCAGGCCACAGCAUCUUCCCUGCCACCUUCCUGGAGGGGGCAGUCAUCAGCUCUGCUCAGGUGGCCCAGUUGUCAGCUGGCUGGCCCCGCUGGACCUGUGUCCAUAAUCUUUCU